ACUAACUUCUGUCAAAACAACUAUUGUUUCUUUGGUAUUGUUUGAAGACAUAAAAUUAGAGAUUUCUCUUCCGCUAUAAUGCUUUAUAAAGCUUGUGUUUAUAAAGGCUGCGAGAAUUAUACAUACAAUAGUUUACCUUGCGGCCAUAAGCAAUUCACAAUUUUUCGUUUCCCAAAAGAUCCAAGGCGAUAUGAGCAAUGGAUGAAACGGGGUAAUGUACAAGUUGGAUUACCGGAAACACAAAUGCAUAUGUGUUCUGAACAUUUUGAUGAUAAAUAUUUAAUAAGAAGCUCCCGACGAAUGUGUCUGACCAACACAGCAGUACCGUACCCCUAUUGUGAAGGGAGUAGUGAUAUCGAAUGUAGGGAUAAUGCUAAUAAGGAAUUCGAAGAUGCGUUAGUUGAUGUAGCUGAGGAAUUGGAUUCAGAAAUAGAAUUUUCAACACAAAGAAACUCAAAUGAUCGUUCAGCGCUCAUUAGACUUAAGGAAAGUUCAUGUGAGGAUGACGACGAAGAUGUAAUGCUAGAAUUUGAAAAAUUGGAGAGCAGUAAUCCAGAUUAUUGUGUGGAAUCAACAACAAUGAGGGAAGAAGAGCACGUUGCGGAAAUGGUAAACGAAUAUGACGUUGCAAUCGAUUAUGAUGAUGACCUUUUGACUGAAGUGGUACCACACACCGUACAUAACGAAAAAUUUGUUAAACGCAUACAAAUGCACGCCGCUAAAAAACGCAAACCAAGUUCUGACAGUGAUGAAACCCAAGAGCCUACCAGCUCCAAAAUUUGCACAUCAAAAAUUACAACACUAAGGGAAAAAGGAUGUGAUAAUGUUACUACUGUAUCGAAACGCAGCAAAAAGCAGGACAGUGAGGAACAUAACAAACACAUGCGACUACAAAACAAAAAACCAACUCAUGAUUCUGAAUCUCAGAAAAUCGACCCGGAUACACUGAUAGACCCACAAUCUGUCACAAGCUUUGUUUUAAAGGGCGAAGAGUACGUACAAAUGACCAAAGGGUAUUAUGUAGAGGAAAAAUUAGAGCUCACUGAGAAAUUGAAAAAAUAUGAAAAUAUACUCCGUACGCUCAAACAUAAUUUACUCGAUUUAGAAUUGCCAUAGGUAAAACCAAGAUAACCUUCCAGCCGAGAAAUAAAACCAAAUUAGUUUUUUUU